AUGGACCAAAAGAAUCAAACAAAAUGCAGCAUAUGUUAUAAGAUUUUACCUUACAACAGUUCGACCAGUUCAAUGCAAUCCCAUUUAUCAAUUGAUCAUUGCAUUAAUUCUAAAAUAUCUAAAAAAUCAACAACUUUACUCAACGAUGACGAUAUAUCCGAUAUUGAGAGCGGUAAUGAGAAUGGUUUUGAAGAGACUGGUCAUAAAAAAUUAAACAGGUUAUUGGUGAAUUUUAUUGUUGGUACCGAUCAGCCGAUUUCGAUAGUACGUCAUCCAGACUUUGUAAACUUAGUUAGUGAGUUAAACAAAAGCUACAAAAUGCCUUGCAUAAAUACGGUGAGCAAGAAAUUAAUUCCAUCAAUUACGGACAAUCUUAAAUCAAUUUUAAUGCUAGAAUUGAAGGGAUGUCGUUUCAUUACAAUUACUUGUGAUAGUUGGUCAUCAUUAGGUAAAAACAGCUACCUCGGUGUGACUUGUCAUUUUAUUGACAAAAAUAUGACUCUAGUUGACCGAAACCUGGAUCUUAAGUUUAUGUCUGAAAUGAAAACAGCUGAAUAUUUAUUUAAUACGUUAAACGAAAUCCUCAGUGAAUGGUCAAUCAAUAAUAAGAUUUUUGCACUAGUUACUGACUCAGGUGCAAAUAUUUUCUCUGCAGUAAAUAAAUUUGAUGAUAAUGUUCUUAAGAUUCCGUGUGCUGAUCAUCGUUUGAAUCUCGUGGUUAAUGAUCUUCUAAACGCACGAGAUAUAAAAGUAAAAAAAUUUAAAAAUGGGUCAAAGCGUUACCAAGUAAAAGAUUACGACGGUAAUGGAAAACUAAUUAAUAGAGAAAUUACAGAAAGUGAAGUUAAAGAAAUUGAAAAAAUUAACGAAGGCAAAUUAGAAAACGCCAAGGUAAUUUCAUCCUGCAGGCACAUUGUUGGUUCAUUUAAGCAUUCAGAGAUGUUACAAAAAAAGUUAAAAGAAGUUCAAGAAACACUUCGUUAUGAAACUAAAAUAAAGUUAGUACAGGAUAUAGCUAUUCGCUGGAAUAGCCAAUUCGAUAUGAUUGAAUCUAUAUUAACAAAUAAAACUGCAUUGGAUAUGAUAAGCAUCGAAUUCCAAAAUAUAAAAGACUAUCUUCCCACUGCUACUGAAUUUAAGGUGCUGGAGGAUUUGUGUGAUUUGUUACACCCAAUUAAAGAGCUAACAAAACUUUUUAGCGGAAAGAAAUAUGUUACAGUAACAUUUCUGUUUCCAACACUGUAUUCUCUACUAAAUGAAAUACUUGAAUCGCAACCUAUUUUUACAGAACUAGUUAAGACUUUUCAAAAGGAAUUAUUAAGGUCUCUAAAAGGACGUUUUAAAUACAUUUUUGCUAAUGAUUUUUUUUUAGCAGCUACUUUUCUUGAUUUCAAAUUUCGUAAAUUCGAGUUUAUCAAAAAUGAUAUCUAUAGAUAUGAAUGCAUUUCAAAGGCAAAAAUGUUUAUAAAAACAUUUUAUGAAAUGCAUCUAAAAGAAACCGAAGAAAUCGAUAUAAUAAUUGAAACAAAUUGUUUAAAUAACACUUUGAACUCGUCAAACAGCUCAGCUGACAAUACCAUAAAAACAUUUCAGCAAUUGUCAACGUCACCUAUUGCAAAUAAUAUUACUUUAGUUAACAACAAAAGACAAAAGUCAAUCAACUUAAUUGAACUAGUAACAGAUAAAUCUUGUUGUAAUUUAAUUGAGAGCAAUAAUAAACUUGAAAAAGAAAUAAAUGAUUACAGUCUGCAAUACUUUCAUAGCUACGAAAAUAGUGCCAUUGAAUUUUUCCAAGCUAAUCAAAAAUUGUUCCCGGUUUUGACACAAAUUGCACGGAUAAUAUUUUCAGUUCCAGCGACAUCCGUGCCAUCAGAAUGCUUAUUUAGUUCAACCGGUUUAAUAGAUACGGAGCUACGGAACAGGCUUGCGCCAAGCUUAUUGAAGCACUUAAUUAAUGACAAUAUGUUUUCUGCUACAUUCUUUUCAAUUCUGGAAAAAACACCAAUAUCCAAUGAUUGA